AUGUCAGCCAUCAAGAGACCAGUCCAGAUCGAAGAGUUCAUCGUCACCUUGAGAGAGGUCCAGGACUCUGAAUUAUAUAGUAUCAAACAGCAAUUGGAGAAAUCGAUUAGCAAGUUACACAAGACCAAUGGUAAAUUAACCAAGUUGAUCAAUAAAGAAGCUCUGAAUGAUGAAAGUGAUGAUAGUGAUGAUGAAUUAAAUGAACUGGAUCAAAAUGAUGAGAAAUUGUUUAAAGAAAUCAUUGAAGAAAAUGGUAUAGUGGCGAAUAAUCAACAAGAAAGAAUUGAAGCCAUUGAUAACGAAUUAACUCAUAGAGGAUUACCACAUAAUAUUACUGAUGGUGUUCCAACUAAAGCUACUGAAAAUGGUAAACCUGUUGUGGAAGUUGAUGGUAAAUUAAAAGAAAAGAAUCAAAUCAAUACUGAUAAUGGUGUUGAAUCUGCAAAUAGUAUUUCAUUAUGA